GCCGCGAUCCGCCACCGGCAGCGCGAGAUCGCGGGCCAGGGGAACGCUACGCUCGCUGUUUGGGGAGAUCGGCGCUCGGCCGGUAGGUUACUGGGCGGAACCCGGGGCCAGAGCGUGGCGCGGAGGGAGCCGCGGUGAUGGAUCGCCCCGCCCGCAGCCCGACUUGGGCUGAGGCCUGGCGAGUCACCCCGUGGUGGUGUGGUGGGGGUCAGACCCACCGGCUCGCGGGCCGGGGCCUGGGCGCCGACAUGCCCUCGCGCCUGCUGCCCGCGCUCCGGUGCUCGCCGCGCUCCUCCGCGCCCCCGCAGGCCACACGCCUUCCGCGAGCGCACGCGAGGGCGCCCUGCUUCCCCUUCCCAGCACCCGGUCCCACCGCGCUGUGCUGCCUCACCCACCGACUUGCCCGGCCUGCCUGUCCGUGCCCGGGGUGCCCCUCCAGGAUGGCGCGCGUCUGGACUCGCGAUGGAGUUGUCUUCUGCACAAGUGUGCCGGGUCCAUGCCCCCUCCCACCUGUCCUGGCAGUGAACCCCUCAGGCCUUCCCUGCCAAGUUCUCGAGUCACACUCCGAGGCGGGAAGAAGAACACAGCUCACGCUUGGCACGCAGGGCAGCGCUGGACACUCUCCCCCAACCCCUUGAACCAGUCACCAGGAACUGGAAUGAACUUGAAGCCUCCUCCCUUAAAAAGAAGCUGAGUCUUUCUCCGUGCCCUCUGAAUGCAGGUGGGCCCUGCUUGAGCCCCAGCCUGCCCUGGGCUCCCAUGGUCUGGGAGUGACACACCUUGCACUUGAUCUUCCUCAGGGCCAGUGUGAGCCUAGGAGAUGGCAGUGAUGGAAAUGGCGUGUCCAGGUGCCCCUGGACCAGCAGUUGGGCAGCAGAAGGAACUCACCAAGGCCAAGGAAAAGACAUCAGCAGUGGAAAAGAAAGAAACUUCCGUCAACAAGCUUGAAGCCGUGGAAAAGAGCCCCGUGUUCUGCGGGAAGUGGGAGAUCCUGAAUGAUGUGAUAACCAAAGGCACAGCCAAGGAAGGCUCUGAGGGGGGGCUGGCUGCCAUCUCCAUCAUUGCCCAGGCUGAAUGUGAGAACAGCCAAGAGUUCAGUCCCACCUUCUCAGAAAGGAUCUUCAUUGCUGGAUCAAAACAGUACAGCCAAUCUGAGAGUCUCGACCAAAUCCCCAACAAUGUGGCACACUCAACGGAGGGCAAAAUGGCCCGUGUGUGUUGGAAGGGGAAAUGCCGUAGCAAAGCCCGAAAGAAACGCAAGAAGAACUCCAAGUCCCAGGCUCAAGCAGGAGGGGCAAUAGCCAAACCCCUACCCAGGACCCCAGAACAGGAGAGCUGCACAGUCCCCAUACAGGAGGAUGAGUCUCCACUAGGCAGGCUGUAUACGAGGAACAUCCCUCAGUUCACCAAGCCCCUGAAGGAGCCAGGCCUUAGCCAACUCUGUUUUAAGAAACUUGGGGAAGGCCUGCGGCCAGCACUACCUCGAUCGGAACUCCACAAACUCAUCAGCCCCUUGCAAUGUCUAAACCAUGUGUGGAAACUCCACCACCCCCAAGAUGGCCCCCUGCCCCAGCUCCCUCACCCCUUCCCCUACAGUAGACUGCCACACCCCUUCCCAUUCCACCCUCUGCAGCCCUGGAAACCUCACCCCCUAGAAUCCUUCUUCCUAGGCAAAUUGACUUGUGUAGAGAGCCAGCAGCCACUCCCCAGCCCACACCUAAGCAAGCUGGCCUGUACAGACACUCAGAAACCCCUGCCCAGCCCACUCUUGGAGCCCGGCCAUCCCUCAUCUGGCACCUGUGAGAAGUUUUCCGUGGAGGAAUACCUGGUACAUGCCCUGCAGGGCAGCGUGAGCUCAGGCCAGGCCCACAGCCUGGCCAGCCUGGCCAAGACAUGGUCAGCAAAGGGCUCCAGAUCCCAGGAGUCCAGCCUCAAAACUGAGGACAAUGAGGGUGUCCUGCUUACUGAGAAACUCAAGCCUGUGGAUUAUGAGUACCGGGAAGAGGUCCACUGGGCCAUGCGCCAGCCCUGCCUGGGUAGAGGAUCCUUCGGGGAGGUGCACAGAAUGGAGGACAAGCAGACUGGCUUCCAGUGUGCUGUUAAAAAGGUGCCAGUGAAUAUGUUCCGGGCAGAGGAAUUGGUGGCAUGUGUGGGACUGGCCUCGCCUAGAAUUGUUCCUCUGUAUGGUGCUGUGAAGGAAGGCCCCUGGGUCAAGAUCUUCAUGGAGCUGCUAGAAGGUGGCUCACUAGGCCAGCUCAUAAAACAAAAGGGUUGUCUGCCGGAGGACCGGGCCCUUUACUACCUGGGCCAGGCACUGGAAGGUCUGGAAUACCUCCACACCCGAAGGAUUCUGCAUGGAGAUGUCAAAGCUGACAAUGUGCUCCUGUCCAGCGAUGGGAGCCGAGCAGCCCUCUGCGACUUUGGCCAUGCCAUGUGCCUUCAACCUGAUGGCCUGGGGAAGUCCUUGCUCACAGGGGACUACAUCCCUGGCACAGAGACCCACAUGGCUCCAGAGGUGGUGCUGGGCAAGCCCUGUGAUGCCAAGGUGGAUGUCUGGAGCAGCUGCUGCAUGAUGCUACACAUGCUCAACGGCUGCCACCCUUGGACCCAGUACUUCAAAGGGCCACUCUGCCUCAAGAUUGCCAGCGAGCCUCCACCUGUGCAGGAGAUCCCCCCCUCCUGUGCACCCCUCACAGCCCAGGCCAUCCAGGAGGGGCUGCAGAAGGAGCCUACCCACCGAGCUUCAGCACUGGAGCUGGGAGGGAAGGUCAGCCUGGCACUACAGCAAGUGGGAGGUCUGAACAGCCCUUGGAAAGGAGAAUAUAAAGAACCAAGACAGCCACCACCACAUCAAGUUGCUCCACCACUGAGCCAAACCCCCCCUCAGCAGCCCCUGCAUGCCCAGCCAGCAGAGCAUUCAGCAGGGGCCCUGAGGCCGAAGCCAACAGAGGAUACAACAGACAGUGUUCCUAAGCUCCAGCCCCCGCUGCCUCCAGACCCUCCAGAGCGCAACAAGUCUCCAAGCCUGAAUUGGGGCAAAGAAGAGUUGGGGGUGUGGGACCCCAUGCCUCUGUCCUCCCUGGACCCAGCCCCUGCCAAAAAAACCAGCUCACCAGAACGGAAAGCAACCUUCCCUGAGCAGGAGCUGCAGCAGCUAGAAAUAGAGUUGUUUCUGAACAGCCUGUCCCAGCCAUUUUCUCUGGAGGAGCAAGAGCAAAUCCUUUCAUGCCUCAGUGUUGACAGCCUCUCACUAUCAGAUGACAGUGAAAAGAACCAGUCAAAGGUAUCCCAGAGCUCAAGAGACACGCUGAGUUCUGGCGUGCACUCGUGGAAUAGCCAAGCAGAGGCUCACAGCUCCAGCUGGAACAUGGUGCUGUUCCGGGGACAACCCACUGACACCCCAAGCUAUUUUAAUGGUGUGAAAGUUCAAAUACAGUCUCUCAAUGGUGAGCACCUGCACAUCCGGGAGUUCCACCGGGUCAAGGUGGGAGACAUCGCCACUGGCAUCAGCAGCCAGAUCCCAGCUUCUGCCUUCAGCUUGGUGACCAAGGAUGGACAGCCUGUGCACUAUGACAUGGAGGUGCCCGACUCGGGCAUUGACCUACAAUGCACCCUGGCCCCUGAUGGCAGCUUUGCCUGGAGCUGGAGGGUCAAGCAUGGUCAGUUGGAGAACAGGCCUUGACCCAGCCUCCACCACCGACCCAACUCGGUCAAAAGGAACCUUCCUUCUCAGUGCUCUAUGCAGCCACUGAAGCACAGGCUCAGCCAGCUCAUGGGAGCAGUUGUCUGUGGCUCAGCAGUGGGGCAAGGGGCUGGCAGCAGCAAAGUGGGGGCUGGCAAAAGGUCUCCCUGGCAAAAGGCUUUCCUACCAGUAUCCCACCUGAUCCCACCGAGAACACCCUGUGCCACUUGAGGGUGUGGAGGAAGACAGAAGGCCUCUUCCCAUUAGAAACAGAGGGACAGACCAGCUGGCCUGACAUGGGGAUCAGUGACUGCUUGCUAGCAGUCAGUGGAGAGCCAUCCCUGGUUGGGUAGGAAGGGGUUAUGAGCCCCCCAACCUCCGGGCAGGUAGCAGGGUGUCUAUAGGUUCACACCCAGGUCCAGUACAGGACCAAAUCAACAGUGCCUACCCUUGCUUAGCCACUGAACCCCCUUGUAGAGCAAGUAACUUUACAGUCAGGGAGGAGGAAAUGUCUGAGUUUGGUAAGCCUCCUCUGGAGAACACCCCACACUUCAGGUUGUGUGGUUCCAGCUUCAGCUGAGAAGCAAAGGAUGAGUUUAAGUGAAACCAUUCUCAGUCUCCUGGCACGUACCCCAGGCCGCUUCUCCCCAGAACAGGAGGCCCACCACUGCCCCAACUCAGCACUUAGUCCCCUCCUGUGCAGCAGUAAAGGGUGACAUAAGGCCUGACAGGAACAGUCUGAGGCUGAGGCCUGCUAGGCAGAGAGAAAGCAGCAGGCUGAGGUACUUGGAUCACCCAUGCACCUACUUACAUGCCCCACCGUGUCCCUAGGGAGAGGGCACUGCCAGCUGCACUUUGCACUCUGAUGACCUCAAAGCACUUUCACAGUUGCCCUCCCCUCCUCCCAGGAGAGUAGGUCAGUGUCUCUGCAGAAGCAUACGCCAGCCAGGAGAUGGGGUGAGGGACUCAAGUCUUCACUUGUCUUCAUGCAUGUGACCUCUCAAAUCUCCAGGUUAAGAUGAACCCCUUUCUCUAUUGUCCUGGCCUAGCCUUGUCUUGAGGUGUAUGGAGUUAAUGAAGACUUACGUAGCAUUAAGUCAACUGUGAAUUCUUGAGGGUGAGGGGUCAGCUAGUCUUAGCUCCUGGAGUUGAGCAGGUGUACCCCAAGAUUCCUCCCUGGGAGAAGCUCAUCCCCACAUCUUGCCAAGAUGGCUACUGCCCAGCAUUCACAUUGAGCCAUACAACUUCUUAGGUUGAGACAGACCCCUGACCCCCAACACAUGGGACCUGCAGCCUUGGUACAGCAGAAUUCAGGCUGUAGGGAACUCUUUGAAUGCAAUAAAGUGUGUGUUGAUGACAUGA